CUGUGAUUGUGCUGUGUGGCUGCCUGCCCGCCUGGCCACAAUGCAGCCAGCCAGGUGGAUACUCUCUCUACACGAGGCCGAGCUGCCCACCCCCCUUUAUGCCAUUCAUUCAUCGGCCGACCGACCACUGGGCUUCACACUUGUGUGCCUAUGAUGAGCCUGAGGGCGGGCGGCGACGCGGCUGUCGCAGUCAGGCCGUUCGUUGCUGGGCUGUUAAGGAGACGCCCGGGUAAGAAGGGAAGAUGAGACAGGCAGGCAAACACCUGACGCGCUUGUGUGUGAGUGUGUGUGCGUGCACAGCUUCUUUUGCUGAUGAUUUCGCCUCAGGUUUUUCUGACCCGAUACCGCCUCGCCAUUCCCGACCGACACCAUGCGGCUGUCUGUCAUCCGGCCCCGCCGGCCGCCCGCAGGGUGGCAAGGGAAGCCGGGUCGGGGCGACGGACGCAGCCAGGAGAUGACAGACGGCUGAAAGUGAUGAGAGAGGGGCAGACUGAUAGAACAGAGAUAUCUAUUGAUUGUUAGCACAUAUGUGCGAUAUGCGAUCGAAAUGCGGUAGAGCAUGGAGAAAUUCUCUCUGGAUGGGUGGAAUGCGUCCAGGCGUGUGCACGGACGUGUGUCCACGCAUGAACAUCCACACCGACUCAGCAACCCUUAAACCAGUGAAGUGAUGAACCUGGCCGGCGACCACGGUUCAUUGCGGGCCGCCGUCUCCCCCGACGCCCCCAGGCCGUUCGCCCCUCCCUACGGCUGCAAGGAUGAUGAUUCCCCUCGGCAUGCAGCGCCUUAUCGCAUUCUCCCUCUUCGUUGCUUGGGCGGCACCCGGGCUGUCAGCGAAUCCCUCCGACCCUCUCCGCCAUCGCCGCAACAAUUUGAAUGCCAUCGCCCGACACGGACACAUGGCCAGAGCCAUUGACAGGAACAACGGCGCACAGCAGGGUACACGUGUGGCAGAAAGAGAGACCGACGUUGUCUGUGCCAUUGGGUGUCUCAUGUGCGCAGUCUGCAGGUGAAAAGUGUCAACUCGCAUCUUGGGGGAUUCUCUACGACUGCAAGACCCCCAAAGUGUGUGCCCUGCGCGUGCCUCAGCAGACGGGCGAGUGCGUGUCUGCCGAUGAGGCACAGCAGCAGUGCGGCCCGGAGGAAGUCAAGAGCGCACCGGCCUCAGACGGCCGAUACUGCAUUGUGAGGUCACCCAUGGGGGAAAAGGCUUGAGUGAGUGGGUGGGUGAGUGAGCCGAGACGGACGCAUGGACGGAUGCAUGAGGGAUGGGUGUUAGGACCAUCCCAUGACACACUGAAUCGAAGUGUCAGCGAAUUGUUACACAACU